AUGCAAUGUCAGAUAUGUUAUAACGAAUCGCAUAAAUUUUACUGCGCAAACUGUGUCCGUACGUCACCUCAGUUAGCAGUGACCCUUCGGUUUCAACUGUUAACAAUCCAAGAUGACAACAAACGAUUAAAUGAGAAAAUAGAUAAUAUACUGAAAGUGUCGAUGGAUAAAAGUAAUAUCAAGAGAGAAGAUAUUGGUGCAGGGGAGCGCCUAUUGAAAACACGAAUGAGACGUGUUAAUGAUUUAAAGAAGAGAAAGAAGGAUGGCCAAUUGAAAAUCCGAAUAAAUAAUAUUUCCAAUUCUAUUGAAAAGAAAAAGACAUUUAUUCAAAACUUAAAGAGACAGAUAACAGAUUCUCAAGAUUCAAAAAAUUGUCACCUUAACGUAUGUAAGGAUAUCUCAAAUGAACGUUACUCAGAGGAUAAUGAUCGUUUAAAACAAGUACAGGCAGUCCUUACAAGAAGACAGAGACAAAGUAUACAAUCAUUAAACCAAUGGUUUGUUAUAAGUAAGACUACAUCUAGAGAUAUUCCAUAUACUUUACAAUUUCAACCCGUAAUCUCUACUAGAACUGCCAAUAAACUACCUCCACAGUUAGUGAAAAACUCUAUCUUCACUAUGUUCCAAUAUUUGAAACUCAGAGCAAGAAUACAAUGUAUACAAUUGCCUUAUCCGACAAUGAACCUAUCACCACUGCCGAGAGAAGGUCAAGAAGACGAAGAUUACAUACUGAAAGAUAUUGUUGAAAUGACAGAUAAGACUGUCACGGAAAACAUAGCUGGGUGGCUGACAAAACUCACCAUUAAUAUAGUACAACUAUGCCAAACAAAUUAUAUCUUACCUUCAGAUGAAUAUAUAGAUCCAAUCUCCAUAUUAGAACAACUCGAUGUCGAUGGACUCUUUUAUAGUCUCUACCUGAACCAGUUGCUCUCGACUGCAAACCAACCGUCGCCAAAUCACUACUUGCAACCAAAUCACAACUUCCAGGACACACUCAAUGCAAUCACUGAUCAACUCACUGAUAGCCAUACCUGA